AUGCUUGGAAGUAAUGAAGAAAAAAUAAAAUUAUUAACAAAUAUCAUCAACAAUCAGACCUCAACUAAGGAUCAAAUAAAAUGUGCUCGUGAAUUACGUGUUGGAAUCAAUUUUGAACUUAAACAAUGGCAAGAUGUAAUUAACGAUAUCAAUAUACUUGAACAAACCAUCGAUUCAGCUGACCUUCAAGUUAUGAAAAGUCCGCAUGAUGAAAAUGAAAUAGUUGAUUUACAUGAAUUAUGUAUUGAAGGUGAUAAUGCAGAAUUAAAAUCAUUAUUAGAAAAAUCAAAAGAAAUUGAUGUUAAUCAAUAUAAAUUAUUUGUUUAUCGUCCACUACCAAAUAGUUAA